AUGAUAGCCUCUGGCAUACGAGGGAAAGCCUCCCUCGUCUGUCCAACUGCUCCGACGGGAGCCAGAGGCUUUGGUACGGUCCUUCAUACCCUGGGCCUCGCGUCCCUCCGUCGACCGCCGCCUUCUGGCAUCCUUGCGCAAGCAAAUAACAUUCUCCAGCGCAAUAUACCGCGCUUGACCCGUCUGCUUGGACAUCCACCUCCGUCUGCCCAGCCCGUGUCUCUGAACCGGAUUCAGUAUGGCCUGAGCCGUGGGAUCUCCAGUGGCUUUUCAUUUCCAAGCCGGACAAUCCUCUCGCGUCCACUCAGAGCUGCUGGUCUCCCACGAGCACCGACGCUCACCCGGCCCUCGUUUGAGGUCGGGCUUGGGACCGUCCGAAGAUUUGCAUCUCAUACCACCUUUCGACAUGUUAUCGAGAAGACGUCCAUCACGGCACGAGCAUUCUGGGAAGUUGACUGGGACAUCAAGCCUUCUAUGGGAGCCAGACAAUCAAAGCAAACGCGCAGAAAAGGGGAUAAGCGCAAAGCACCACGCAUGUCGAGGCCCUCGUUCAACGUCGAGGAACAGCUGAAUCGCUAUUUCCCGAUCACUGAAUCCUCGCGGGCGACCGUGCUCCAGAUUGCUCUGGCACCCACCCCUUCGAGUCGAAUUCCAUUCGCCAUUUCAGCAGACACUGUACCUCUCCUUCCACUUCGUGUCAUCCUUGACCAACAUGACGCCUAUCAAGCUAGAGUAGAAGACGCCAACGCCAUCUUCAGCGUUUUGGAUGCCCACAAUGUAUGGGACCGCGGUGCUUCCAUUCAAAUCUGGGGUGAUCCGACAGGCCUAUGUGUAGAACUCCGAAUACACUUCGCCGGAUGGUCAGAGGAAGAUGUUGUGACCAUGCUCGGGCCUCUGUCAUCACUUCCUGGAUGUCACAUACAGUGCGUGAGCAAUCAUAACAGUAGUCCAGUGGCAGUUCCUGUGGUUCUGGAACCAGACCUGCCACUCGAGUUCAUGAUGCCGAGUAUUGUUAUCAGCGACAACUCCAGUGAAACCUCCGACUUCUUGGACAUCCCGGUCUUCUCUUCUGCACACUGGGACGACGUAGAGCCAUCAUUCUCAAGUGGUCUCUCAUCUCCUAACAGCGAGAGUACUGUGUGGAGCGAGUCAAUGCUGUCAAAUACAAGCAACAGCGUACAUACACUGAGCUCAGCAUUCCUCGACCGACUCCAGCAGCUUGAAGAUCCAUCGUUCUUUAUGUAA